UGUUCUCUCACGCGUGCGUUGCUUUCACCAACAUCCGGACGUAAACAACGUGAGCCGGCAUUCUAAAAACAAUGAGACACAUGAGAGGAAGAGGAGGACCAAUGAGAGGUGGUAUGAUGAGGCCCAUGGGACCAAGACCUCCAUUCAGAGCCUUCAUACCACAUAUUCCAUUCGAUCUAGUUCAGUGUGAGACUGUUUUUACAAGAGCUAAGCCAGCACCAGAUGAUAAAAGCUUCACAGAUGCCCUGCUUAAAAGACAUAAUGACCUAACACCAUCAGCAACAGAACAGUCAGCCAUAUUGUCCUUAGUAACAAAGAUUCAAGGUGCAUUAGAUGCUUUGGUUUUAACACCAGCAACAUUUGAACCUGCGCAAAUAGAAGAGGUCCGACAGAUUGGUUCUUUUAAGAAGGGAACAAUGAUGGCUGGACACAAUGUAGCUGAUAUAGUUGUAAUGUUAAAAACUUUACCUACCAAGGAAGCUGUGGCUGCACUAGGAAAUAAAAUAGUAGAAGAUAUGAAAUUAACAGAUCCUCAGGAAGUGUUGAGUAUGUUGACCAAUGAUACAGGAUUUGAGAUUAGUUCAGCAGACGCCACUGUAAAAUGUCUUAUCACAACUAUACCACCUAAUCUGAAGAAAUUAGAACAAGAUUUACAUUUGGAUGGUAAAUUAAUGCAGGCACACUUAGCAGGUAUAAGACAUGCAAGAUGGGUGGAGGAAAAUGCUUGUCAUUCUAGUAUAAAAGUAUUAAUACGAUUAUUACGAGAUUUGAAGAAUAGAUUUAAAGGAUUUGAACCUCUGACACCAUGGAUUAUAGAUCUCCUGGCUCACUACUCAAUAAUGAACAAUCCAGCCAGACAGCCAAUCUCCAUCAACAUAGCUUUUAAGAGAUGUUUACAAUUAAUGUCAGCAGGAUUUUUCCUACCAGGUUCUGUAGGAAUUACAGAUCCCUGUGAACAAGGUGCAGUCAGAGUUCACACAGUGAUGACGCUAGAACAACAAGAUCAAGUAUGCUUUACAUCACAAACAUUAUUACGUGUCCUCACUCAUGGUGGAUAUAAACAGGUUCUAGGACUAGAGGGAAAUGCUAGCAUAGCUACAGACAUGAGUGUAUGGGAAGGAGUUGUGGUCACACCGUCAGAUAAAGCCUAUGAGAAGCCAGAGAAGAAGGAAGGGGAGGAGGAGGAGGAUGACGAGGAUGAAGAAGGAAUGGAAACACAAGAAUAAACAAUGUUCAAAAUUUUGUACAAGAAAAAUAAUAAUGAAGUAAAACUCAUAUUGAGGACUGUUUAGAAAACUAAUACCUUCAUGACAGCAAGGAUGUUAGCCGUUCAAGUAAAGAUUUUCAGUUGUACAAAAACAAUACUGCAACUGACGCUUGUUGUUUCUCUAUGGCUAUGACAUUUUUUUUGUAUCAAUAUUGUCAUUGCGCAUCUAUCAUGUUACAUGUGUAUGUGAAGUCAGUAAAAUAAAUGUAAUGUUUUGUA